AAUUUAAAUUGAUCAAUUAUAUAAUACACUUGCAGUUUAGAAAAAUUUUUAUUCGUCACAAAUUUUAUUCUAGUCGUGAAUUUAUCAGUAUGUUAGUCUCAAUAUUAAUUUUUAUAAUAUUUGCAUUGCUUGUUUAUAUUUUUUAUAUAUCAAUAAUUAAAUCUCAGAAUUACUGGAAAGAUAGAGGAGUCGUCCAAGCAAAUCCCCCAUGGCUACUCGGUGAGGCGUUCAAGGGCGUGCUCAAACAAGAAAGCUUUGCAGAAAGUGCUGGUCGGAUAUAUAAUACAUUUCCUCAUAAAAGAUAUUUUGGUACUUAUCAGUUCAUCACACCUAUUUUUGUGAUUAGAGAUCCUGAGCUGAUUAAAAGAAUUACCAUUAAGGAUUUUGAUCAUUUUGUUAAUCACAGACAAAUUAUACCGGCGUCCGUAGAUCUAUUAUGGGGAAACAAUUUGUUUUCUCUAGAAGGUCAGAAAUGGAAAGAAAUGAGAAUGAUUUUAAGCCCAGCUUUCACCAGCAGCAAAAUGAAAAACAUGUUCAAAUGUAUGAUGGCGGAGGCAGAUAAGUUUGUAAAUUUUUUGGAAUCUAAAAAGGAAAAUGUUGUAGAAUUAGAUGUGAAAGAUAAGUUUAGCCGAUUCACGUGCGACGUUAUUAUAUCGGUAGCUCUUGGAAUAGAACUUGACACAUUAAAUACGCCUUCCAAUGAAUUUUACGAGGCUGGUAAAGAAUUUACGGACUUUACUGGAUGGAGAUCGCUAUUAUUUCUAAUAGUAUUUAUUGCACCAAUGUGGAUCAUUAAGCUACUAGGUUUUAGAGUCUUCUCCGAAAGAGUAUCAAAGUUUUUUGUGGAUACCGUUGAACGAUCUAUUAAGAUACGUGAAGAAAAACACAUUAUUCGAAAAGAUUUAAUUAACUUAUUGAUGGAAGCUAGAAAAGGUCAAAGUACGUACGAAGAUGAAAUUACUGUAGAAACGGGUUAUGCAACUGCUAAAACAUCUUCAUAUUUCGCUAACAAAACUCUGGAAAAUAUAAACAUUUCGAACUCGGACGUAGCUGCGCAAGCUUUAAUAUUUUUCUUCGGUGGAUUUGAUACCACUGCAACAGCUAUGCGAUUUAUGGCCUACGAGCUAGCAGUGUGCCCAGACGUUCAAGAUAAGCUAAGAGCAGAGAUUAUCGAAACGUAUGAAAGUUGCCAAGGAAAUGUGACAUACGAAAAUAUCAUGACCAUGAAUUAUUUGGAUAUGGUGGUUUCAGAACUCAUGAGGAAAUGGCCAAAUGGAAUUGUUCUGGAAAGAAUAUGCAACAAACCCUACACAAUCCCAGCCGAACAUCCCGACGAAAACGACGUAACACUUCCAGUAGGAACACCAAUCUGGAUACCAGUGUGGGGUAUCCACAAUGAUCCCAAAUAUUAUCCGAACCCGGAAAAAUUCGAUCCUGAAAGAUUUAGCAGUGAUAAUAGAAAUAAUAUUACUCCAUACACAUACCUUCCAUUUGGAGAAGGUCCUCGUAACUGUAUUGGAUCUAGAUACGCUCUUCUAAAUAUGAAAGUUUUAUUUUUCCAACUUCUAAGGAAAUUUGAAAUAGUUCCAGUGGAAAAAUCGAAGAUUCCCAUUAAGAUAUCAAGACAGAACUUCACAUUGGACGGAGACGGUUUUUGGUUUGGCAUGAAAAAGUUGUAAAUAAAUUUUUAAAAAUAACAUUGGUCCUUAGCAAUCAAAUAAAGUAAUUUUUAUAGAUA